UUCUGUAAAUGAAGACAUAACCUUGAGACUUAGCUCAGCCCCAGCUGUGGCCUGGGCCUUCUGAAGUCUGAUGUUCCAGAACUCCAGUGCCUGUCUGCGUGGACGGAGGACUUGGGGCCCCGACCAUGGUCACACUCAUCACUAAGAAGCUGCAGAGCCAGUGUCUGGAUGACCCCACCCGUAAGGCCGAGGCUCGCCUGUAUUCUGCUGAGAAGCUGAAGAGAAGUGGCCAUUUGUUCCAUUUGGAGAUCAGUGCAGACCAGAACCCCCGGAAGGUCUUAGGUGGAGGAUGGCCUGUUGGAAGCCAGGUGGCCUCAGGCCACGAUCUCCCCUUCCUGCCCAGCCUGUCUGGUGCAGCUCACACUGCGGGUCUCCAGUGGCAGCCGGAGUCACUGGGCCCACACACAGGCCUGGGUGUGGUCAGCGCUGUGGACCUCAGUGAGAGCACAGGGCCUCCUGUGGCUCCGCCAACCAAGCGGCACUGCCGCUCCCUGUCCGAGCCCGAGGAGCUGGCGUACUGCCGGUCCCUGUGGCGCCCCAGCAGCUCCAAGGUCUGGACUCCAGUCUCCAAGAGGCGGUGCAACAGUGGCGGGAGCACCACGCUGCAGGGAAGUGUGGGCACCGCCCUGCCGAGGAGUGUUGUGCCACUGGCUGGCCCCACCUCGCCCCCGGCGCCCCGGCCGUCCUCGGCCAGCAGCGGCUUUGUGGACAGCGGCGAGAGCAGCACCGACUCAGGCCCACCCUGGCAUUUGGGGGGGCCCUGCCUGCUCCCCUCGAGACGCCGGCUGUCCCUCUCUCAGGAGCACCUUGUGGGCGCAAGCACCCCCUUGCCCUCAGCCAGCAGCACCCCCACGUCCACGCCUGAGCUGGGCCGGCGCCACGGCCUGCUCCGGUGCCACUCACAGCCGUGCGUGCUCAGCAGAAAGAGGAGCCGGCGCAAGCGGAGGCACCAGGAGGAUGCCAGGUGGACACGCCCAUCCUUGGACUUCCUAAAAAUGACUCGGACUUUAAAAAAUUCAAAAAGCCUUUGCUCCCUCGAUUGCGAAGAUGACGAUGUGGGUGAUGCCCAAGUGAAGACGGCCGUGUCCUCGCCAAGUCACUCACAGGGCCUCACGGGCAUCCAUGUAGCAGGCUCUGGCCCCAGGGGUGCGUGCCCCAGGCCCUGCCCCACCAGCCCCAGCCCGUGGGCCUCGAGGGAGCUGGUGGCCAGUGAGGGCGCAGGCGGGAGUAGUGGAGACCCCAGUGACUGGGACAGUGCUGGGGAGGAGGGCAUCUUCCCUCUGGACCACGGUGAGCUGGACCUUGAGCAGAUCGAGAACAACUGACUCCCAUUGGGGGGUGGGGUUGGAGGGGCUGCUGCCUGGGUCUGCUCUUGGUGCAUAGACAGAAGAUAGGUUACGUGUUAUUUUGAACAUUGAGCUAUAAUUUUGAUUCAAUUUUUCCUAAAGAAGUAUUUUGCAUUUUUAUGGCUUUUAUAGUUCUGGAGAAAGUGUCUCUAUUUUGAAAUGAAUUUUCAGAAGGUCACUCUGUUAAACGUGAGUCUGCAUACAGAGUUCAGUGCGGGUAUGUUCCUUUUGUAAAAAGCCCACUGU